AGAACCUCAUGAGGUGCUGAUGGACCACGGUGGCCCCAAUAAUGCAGGGGACUUUUUCCGAGAAGACCAAGAAACUUCCGGGGAGGAGACAGACCUGACUGGCCCAAACCAUGUAGGGGAUGUAGUCAGCGAAAACCAAGAAACUCAUGAAGAGAAGAGGAGGGAAGAGGGUGUUCCGAAUCCUGCGGAGAAUCUUUUUGGAGAAAAAGCAAUGAAGACGUUCAAACGCCGGGCUGGCUGGAAGCCACAGCAAGAGCAGAUCCUGCGCUCCCUUUUCCGGAGCCAGCUUUGCAGUUGUGUAAGAAUGGCAAAGGUCCGCAAGAAGGCUGGGGCAUUACUGCCGGAUUAUACAACCCAACAAAAUCAAGUGUUUGAAGAAGUUAUAAAA